CAGGUCCAGGUCCGCGCGCCGCUCGCAGAGCAAUGGACUUUUAGUUAUUCCGUGAUCUUUUACCAAUAUUGUGCAGCGCACACGGCACAACGGCUAAUCGCAGAGCAACAACAGCAGCAGCAGCAGCAAAUCCGCCCCUGGUUUCAAUCAAAAACAAAUAAAACGCACAUCGCUAUAUACAUAAAUAGUUAUUAACGGAAGUGUGAAAAAAGAAAUCGAUUAAAUUGAAAUCGAGUAUAAAAAAAAGCAAAACUUUAACUGUGUUUGAACUCUCCUAUCGCCAAAAGUUCUCUGUGACAAUAACGCCCACAUUAUCAAAACUUUUCUUGUUCUCUGCUGUGGGCCAAGCUUGAAAGCUUUUGCAGCGCGUGUGAGACGUCAUUUGAUCCACUCGCUGGACGUGUGCCUGCUGCUUCUACCCCAACCCCCAUUCGUGCUCAUCUCGCUAUUGUGGUUGUUGUGGUUGGUUGUUUGUUGUUGUUGUUGUCAGCAGUGAUUUCAGUGUAUUUUUGUGUUUGUUGUUUUCAUUUUGGCCUGUUUGCCGUUUGGAACGUCAAAUUCGAUUUUUAUGACUUUUGAAAGCGUGACUAAGGCGUGAUUUAUGAUGGCGUGUGGUUUUUAAUAUUCAUGUGCAAAGUCAAAAGCCACGAACCAAGCGCAGCAGCAAACCACUAGCCCAGCCAGCCAAACAGCCACACUCAACCUGCGUAGGUGCGCCAAACAAUAAAAAACAAAUACAACAACAGCAACAACAACAAUAACAAAACAGAAAAGCAAAUUUCAAAGCCAGCACCAAUAACCGGACAACAACAAAAGCAACAACAACAACAGCAGGCGUUGCAUCUCUGGUGCCCACGGGCCAAGUUGCUGGCUCGAUAUCCUGCUGUGUGUGCGUGGAUCAGUGGAUCAGUGUUUUGGGCUUUUUAUGGAUGCAGCGAAGCAAUUGACUGCCGCUGCUGCAGCUGGCAAGCACGAUAGCAACAAUACCACAAACACCACCACCACCACCGCCACCAGCAACAACAACAAUAACAACAACGACGACACUAUGCAAACAUUGCAACAACAACAGCAAGGCAAUACAACUACAGCAGCAGCAGCAGACGCCUGUAAUACGUCAGAGCCGCUAGAAACAGCAGCAACUGAAGCAGCAACAAUUGCAGCCAGCAAAAGUAACAACAACAAGCAGCAAACAGCUAUGACAACGACAACAGCCAGCGUUGAGCAACAGCUCAAAAAGACAGAAGUUCAAUCAACAGCAACAGGCAAAGCAGCAACAGCAGCAACAACAGCAUCUAGCGCUACAUCAGCAACAGUUGCUGUGGCCAGCAAAUCGAGUGCAGCAGCAAUGGCCGCUGCAACGGCAACAGCAGCAGCAGCCACCAAUGACUUGGCAGCAGCUGCCGCUGUCGUUCUGUCGCUGCAGGGCACCAUGGUCAGCAGCCUGCAGCAGGCGGCAUUGCUGCCGGCCAAUUCAGCAGCAGCAGCAGCACUCAAUUUGCAGGCGCUCGAAUCCUAUUUGGCACUGCAGCGACUCACUGGCAAAUCGGAUGUGUUUCGAUUUAGUGGCAGCAGCAACAGCAACAGUAAUGGCAACAGCAGCAGCAACAGCAGCGGCAACAGUACCGGCAACAGCAGCAACAACAACAGCGACGCCGAGCAGAAUGCGACAUUGCCCACACUAAUUGACAUUUCAAGUAUUGAGCUAAAGUCCAGUUGCUCCUCCAGCGCUUCAAGCGUCUCAGCAACUGUGACCAGUUCACCCAGCAGCAACCAUAACAAUAACAAUAGCAGCAAUAGCCACAACAGCAGCAGCACUAGCAGCAACUCUAACAGCAGCGGCAACAAUAACAACAGCAGCAACAACAACAACAGCAGCAACAACAACAACAAUUGCUCUUCUAACACAUCCAAGUGCAUUCCGCCGUUGCCCUCAAUUAGCACUGUGAGCGCCGCUGUGGCCGCUGCUGCUGCCGCGGCCGCCGCUGCAGCCAAUCAGCAGGCGGCGCUGGAUUGUGCCACAGCUGCCGAACUGGCAGCCGAGUGUGAUCUGCCGCUGCUCGACGGCGAUGAUGCGUUGUCCUUUGAGGCUGGCGAUCUGGACAGCAGCUACGGCAGCUUCAUCUUCAAUCCCAGCAGCUUUGGGGCCGCCGAUGCGGAUACUUCGCUACACUCGCUGCAGGCCACCAUGUACCAGGACAAGCUGAGCGUCAUGGCGGCCGGCGCCGGCAGCGGUGCAGAGGAUGGGGCCAACAGCUCCACGGCUGCCGCGGCUGCUGCCCAGCGCUCGAAGAAGCAAUUCAUCUGCAAGUUCUGCAAUCGCCAGUUCACCAAGUCCUACAAUCUGCUCAUCCACGAACGCACCCACACGGACGAGCGUCCCUACUCCUGUGACAUAUGCGGCAAAGCAUUUAGGCGUCAGGAUCAUCUGAGAGAUCAUAGGUACAUUCACUCCAAGGAGAAGCCCUUCAAGUGCGCCGAGUGCGGCAAAGGCUUUUGCCAGUCGCGCACCCUGGCCGUGCACAAGAUUCUGCACAUGGAGGAGUCGCCGCACAAGUGUCCCGUGUGCAAUCGCUCCUUCAAUCAGCGCUCGAAUCUGAAGACCCAUCUACUCACCCACACGGACAUCAAGCCCUACAAUUGCGCCUCCUGCGGCAAGGUGUUUCGGCGCAACUGUGAUCUGCGGCGCCACAGUUUGACGCAUAAUCUGUCGGCCACGGGCGGAAUGUCCGGAGGCCUGGGCGAUCUAUUCGGCGGCAGCAGCAACGGCUCCAGCUCCGAUCUGGGCCUAUCGAUGGUACUGCCCAAUUCAACUGGCGCCGGAUCAGCUGGCUCAGCCACAAGCCGAGACCUUGUGGCCGUCAGCGAUUAGGCCACUGGCAAAUCCGAUUCUACUCAACGUAUCACGUGUUGUGACCUCCCAGUCUAUCAAGCAUGGGAGGCGCUAUCUCAAUCUCAUCUGCAGCUCUCAAGAACUCGAAUCCCUCCACAAUGUGUCUGAUCUGUGUUGCUCGUCUCGUGGCCUCCAAGUUGCUUACAGCUAACAGCAUUUAAUAUAGUUCGUAGUUCUCUUUGUGUCUAGACUAUACGAUUUAAGCUAAUGAUAUUUCUUAGUUGGUAAUUUAUUGGAUAUCUGAAACAUAGAAAUAUAUAUCGAAAGUUUGACUUUAUUUGGAUAUAUUAUAAUAUAUAUAAAUAGAUGUAUGAGUAAAUUGUGGACUCUUAUCGUAUUAUCGAAUAAAUGAUAUAGCCUAAUGGAAGUACUUAAA